UUUUUUUUUCUUCUCUUCCAGCUUCACAUCUGAAGUUUUGUGGAAGACAAUUCUCGUGAAAUCGUCAAUUGUGUUCCACGCCGAUAUGAUAUUCUGAUCAGAUCACAGUUUUGCGGCCUUAGAAAGCUCUGCUCGUGAGCUUCCUAACUGCUGCUCAUCCAAUUGACCCAUCCCCCUCAUCGUAUUCCGGCUCUAUUCAGUUCAAGCCCUAGGACCAGACACUACCUCCCACGAGCUCUUAAUCAACCCUCAAUAGACAUUAUGGCAGCUCCUAUCCACUACCAGCCCGCCUCUGCGCGGAUUGUCAACUCAGAGGAUGAAGGCCUCGUGUGUCUUGAUCUUCAAGACCAUUCCUCCUACCAAGGCUACAGCUUCGGUGCCAAGAAGAGCAUCGCCGGAGAGCUAGUUUUUCAAACUGGUAUGGUAGGAUAUCCAGAGUCGGUAACAGACCCUUCGUAUCGUGGCCAGAUUCUCGUCAUAACAUUCCCUCUCGUGGGAAACUACGGUGUACCUUCCAGAGAGACAAUGGACGAAUUACUUCGUGACCGCCCCGCACAUUUCGAGUCCUCAGAGAUCCACAUCGCUGGUCUUGUCGUAUCCUCCUAUGCCGGUGAAGACUUUUCACACUUCCUCGCGACCUCCUCUCUGGGAACAUGGUUGAAAGACCAGGGGGUCCCUGCCAUGUAUGGUGUCGAUACAAGAGCUUUGACGGAACGUAUCCGCCAGGAGGGUAGUAUGCUAGGUCGAAUGCUGCUACAGAAGCAAGGUAUAAUAAACGGAGUAACAAAUGGUGUCAAUGGCGCUUCGAACCAUCAGAUUAAAGAUUGGAAGCCACACUUCGAGUCAAUUGACUGGGUGAAUCCCAACACGAAGAAUCUCGUGGCAGAGGUUUCUAUCAAAACGCCUCAGCUAUAUAAGCCACCCCAAUCUUCGGCGUUAAGACAUCCUUCAGGGCGCCCCCUCCGCGUGCUUUGUCUAGACGUUGGCAUGAAGAACAACCAACUCAGAUGCUUCUUAAACAGAGGUAUCGAAGUGCUUGUGUGUCCCUGGAACUAUGACUUUGCCGGCAAUGCAGGUGAAGAAUAUGAUGGUCUCUUCAUCUCAAACGGACCUGGUGACCCAGCUGUCAUGCGAGAACCCAUAGAGCAGAUUGCUAAGACAAUGGGAGCUCACCGAACACCAGUCUUUGGUAUUUGCCUCGGCCACCAGCUUCUUGCACAGGCGGCGGGCGCGAAGACCAUUAAAAUGAAAUUCGGAAAUCGAGGACAUAACAUCCCAUGCACAAGUAUGGUUACUGGGAAGUGUCAUAUUACUUCACAGAACCACGGUUUCGCAGUCGACGCCAAGACCCUUCCGAGUGAAUGGAAAGAACUGUUCGUGAACGCCAACGAUGGCAGCAAUGAGGGUAUCAUGCAUGUUAGCAAGCCCUACUUUAGCGUCCAAUUCCACCCGGAGAGUACUCCUGGUCCUCGUGAUACUGAAUUCCUUUUCGAUGUUUUCAUAAACGCUAUUGUCAACUGUGCCAAGAAUCCAGAGCUUCUCAACGCCCCGGUCAAUUUUCCUGGAGGAACGGCUGGGGAGAAUGAGAGACUACACCCACGUGUUAACGUCAAGAAAAUUCUUGUCCUUGGAAGUGGUGGUCUUAGCAUUGGCCAGGCAGGUGAAUUUGAUUACUCUGGGAGCCAAGCUAUUAAGGCUCUGAAAGAAGAGGGAAUUUACACUGUUCUCAUCAACCCCAACAUCGCAACGAUCCAGACAUCAAAAGGCCUCGCAGACAAGGUAUAUUUCCUUCCAGUUACCGCCGAGUUUGUCCGCAAAGUCAUCGUUUAUGAGCGACCAGACGCAAUCUAUGUCACAUUCGGUGGUCAGACCGCUUUACAAGUUGGUAUUCAACUCAAAGAUGAGUUUGAAGAGCUUGGCGUUAAAGUGCUUGGUACCCCCAUUGACACAAUUAUUACAACAGAGGACCGAGAACUAUUUGCUCGCAGUAUGGACUCAAUUGGCGAAAAGUGUGCUAAAUCCGCAUCUGCCAGUAGUGUGGACGAGGCGAUGCGUGUCGUGCAGGAUAUUGGCUUCCCUGUCAUUGUGAGAGCCGCUUAUGCUCUAGGUGGGCUGGGCAGUGGCUUCGCCAAUAAUGAAGCUGAGCUUCUGGACCUUUGCAACAAGGCUCUAGCGGCAAGUCCUCAAGUCCUGAUUGAGCGAAGCAUGAAGGGCUGGAAGGAAAUCGAAUACGAGGUUGUGCGUGAUGCCCAAGACAACUGUAUUACUGUUUGUAAUAUGGAAAACUUCGACCCUCUCGGUAUCCAUACAGGUGAUUCUAUCGUUGUAGCACCCUCGCAGACGCUCUCGGAUGAAGACUACAAUAUGCUACGGACAACAGCUGUCAAUGUUAUCCGUCACCUUGGUGUAGUCGGCGAGUGCAACAUUCAAUAUGCUUUGAAUCCGUUUUCAAAAGAGUAUUGCAUCAUUGAAGUCAAUGCUAGAUUGUCAAGAUCAUCUGCAUUGGCAUCUAAGGCAACUGGUUAUCCCCUUGCCUUUAUUGCUGCCAAGCUCGGACUUGGCAUCCCACUGAAGGAAAUCAAAAACACAGUCACAAAGGUCACUUGUGCCUGCUUUGAACCAUCUCUGGAUUAUGUCGUCGUCAAGAUGCCUAGAUGGGACCUGAAGAAAUUCACAAGGGUUUCGACGCAACUUGGAUCAUCAAUGAAGAGUGUCGGUGAGGUGAUGAGCAUUGGAAGGACCUUUGAAGAAGCUAUCCAAAAAGCUAUCCGAGCUAUUGACUUCCACAAUCUUGGCUUUGGUGAAACUAAAGCGCUCAUGUCAAUUGACGACGAGCUUCAAACUCCUUCAGAUCAGCGUCUCUUCGCCAUUGCCAACGCUAUGCACUCCGGAUACUCGGUGGAAAGAAUCUGGGAGCUCACUAAGAUUGACAAAUGGUUCCUACAUAGGCUCAUGGGUUUGAGCCAAUUCAGCAAGGAAAUGUCCAGAUACAACACCAGCCAAAUUUCCAGACGUCCCGAUCUGCUUCUCCAAGGCAAGCGACUUGGAUUUAGUGAUCGACAGCUAGCAAGGUUCUGGGACUCCAACGAAUUAGCAGUCAGACGUAUGAGGUUAGAAGCUGGAAUUACUCCCUACGUCAAACAAAUCGAUACUGUUGCCGCUGAGUUCCCUGCUUAUACCAACUACCUCUACCUCACAUACAACGCCUCGCAACAUGACCUCACGUUUAAUGAUCACGGUGUGAUGGUUCUUGGAUCGGGUGUCUACCGUAUUGGAUCCUCCGUUGAGUUCGAUUGGUGUUCAGUCAGAGCCAUCCGAACACUCCGGGAGGCCGGUUUCAAGACAAUCAUGGUAAAUUACAAUCCUGAGACCGUCAGUACUGAUUAUGAUGAAGCCGAUCGCCUUUACUUUGAGAAUAUCAAUUUGGAGACUGUUCUGGAUAUUUACCAAAUGGAAUCUGCGGGCGGUGUUCUCGGCGCCAUGGGUGGUCAGACCCCCAAUAAUAUCGCGCUACCCCUAUUACGUUCAGGUGUUAAGGUCCUAGGAACGUCACCAGAAAUGAUUGAUAGGGCCGAAAAUCGGUACAAGUUUUCGCGUAUGCUCGACGAAAUCGCUGUUGACCAGCCGACCUGGAAGGAACUUACGAGCUUUGAGGAUGCUAGAAGCUUCUGUCGAAAAGUUUCAUAUCCAGUGCUCGUUCGACCUUCGUACGUCUUGUCAGGUGCUGCUAUGAAUACUGUUUAUUCAGAAGCGGAUCUUGAAUUAUAUCUACAGCAGGCUGCCGAGGUCUCACGUGAACAUCCUGUGGUGAUCACGAAGUAUAUCGAGAAUGCCAAGGAGAUUGAAAUGGACGCUGUCGCAAAGGACGGAACUGUCAUCGGCCACUUUAUCUCCGAACAUGUUGAAAAUGCCGGUGUUCAUUCCGGAGAUGCGACCCUUAUUUUACCACCACAAGAUCUUGAGCAGACCACUAUUCGACGCAUUGAAGAAGCCACGCAGAAAAUUGCUGCCAAGCUCAAUGUGACUGGUCCGUUCAACAUUCAAUUCAUCGCGAAGGAUAAUGAUAUUAAGGUUAUUGAGUGUAAUGUGCGGGCGUCACGUUCAUUCCCGUUCGUAUCGAAGGUCAUGGGGGUUGAUUUGAUUGAGAUGGCCACCAAGGCAAUCAUGGGUGUUCCAUUUACUGAAUAUCCACCAACCACCAUACAACAGGACUGCGUCGGAGUUAAAGUUCCGCAGUUUAGCUUCUCAAGAUUAUCUGGGGCCGACCCAGUCUUGGGUGUAGAGAUGGCCUCAACCGGAGAAGUUGCUUGCUUCGGUAGUGACAAAUACGAGGCCUAUCUCAAGGCAUUAAUUUCAACGGGCUUCAAAAUCCCCAAGAGCAACAUCCUCCUAUCGAUUGGUUCUUACAAGGAUAAAAAGGAAAUGCUUCCGUCCGUUCAAAAGCUGCAGAAGAUGGGAUACAAGCUCUUCGCCACUGCAGGUACUGCCGAUUUCCUCCAGGAAUACGGUAUUCCUGUUCAGUUCUUGGAGGUUCUCAGCAAUGAAGAAGAUGACCAGCGGUCCGAAUUCUCGCUCACGCAACAUCUUGCAAAGAACAUGAUUAACCUCUAUAUCAAUUUGCCAUCCAACAACAAAUAUCGUCGCCCUGCUAAUUAUAUGAGCAAGGGGUACCAGACUCGGCGAAUGGCUGUGGAUUACCAGAUCCCAUUGGUCACCAAUGUUAAGAAUGCCAAGAUCUUAAUUGAAGCGAUCGCAAGGCACUUCGAGUUAGAUAUCAGCAACCGCGAUUAUCAAACAAGCCACCGCACUAUUGUGCUUCCAGGUUUGAUAAACAUUGCCGCCUUUGUUCCCGGAAUUGGCUCUCAAGGCAGCCAUGACCUCCAGGCUGUAACGAGAGCUUCUAUAGCCUCCGGCUUCAGCAUGAUACGCGUCAUGCCAAUGGGCAUCGAUGGCUCUAUCACUGAUGCUCGAACACUCAAGAUUGCUCAGCAGAGCAGCAAGCGAGGUGGAUAUUGCGAUUACAACUUUUCCGUCACGGCCACCUCUAGCAAUGCUGACCAGAUCAGUCAAGUGACGGGAGAGGUUGGAUCACUUUUUAUCCCAUUCAACCAUCUAUCUGAUAACAUCAGUAAAGUCGCUGCGGUUACCGCACAUUUCGACUCAUGGCCAACUCAUAAGCCUAUUCUGACAGAUGCAAAGACAACGGAUCUCGCCUCUAUCCUACUACUCGCGAGUCUACAUAAUAGGCGUAUUCACGUCACUAGUGUUACUACCAAGGAAGACAUUCGACUUAUCGCUCUUAGCAAGGAAAAGGGCCUAAAUGUCACUUGCGAUAUAUCAAUCUACUCGUUGUAUUUGUCGCGAAAGGAUUUCCCCGACUGCCAGUGUCUCCCUGAGCCCAGCGACCAGCAGGCUCUCUGGGACCACCUAAGCACAAUUGAUGUCUUCUCGAUCGGCAGCCUUCCGUAUCAGCUGGCACACUACAUACAGUCUAACACAAGCUUGGAUGUACAGGCAGAUGCUACAGUUGGCAUUGCUGAUGCCUUACCUCUUUUGCUGACAUCUGUUACAGAAGGCAGAUUGACAAUUGAGGAUGUCAAGACACGCCUUUAUGACAACCCUAAAGAGAUCUUUGAACUCCACGAGCAGGUUGGCACUUCUAUUGAAGUUGAAAUUGACCGUCCGUAUAUCGUGAGAACAUCAUCAUGGUCACCAUUUGCCAACAGGACCAUGCGCGGGGCGGUGCAAAGAGUUACUUUCAACAACAAGACAGUUUGCCUGGAUGGAGAGCUUCUCCCAAUCUCCCCGCUCGGAAAUGAUAUGUCUACCCACGGCAGUGUACCUGCACCCAUGUCACCACCAAUGAAGUCGAUGCCUCAGCCAGCGCAUCCUCUGGACCCUCUUCGUACUCGACGCCUUUCUAACCUAAGCAAACCAUCUGGUAUACCGCGGCUGACCGAUAGUGAGGGUGACGCCCUACGUCCUACAUCGAGGAAUGCACCAGCUACGGAAGAAUUUGGACUGCCAGCACCUGCACGAGCACCAUUCGUUGAUUCCUUGCAUGAUCUUCUUAUGCAACCAUCUGCAUUCAAGGGCGCGCAUGUUCUCUCAGUCAAGCAGUACACACGGUCCGACCUUCAUCUCCUGUUUACCGUGGCCCAGGAAAUGCGCCUUGGCGUUGAUAGAGAGGGAGUUCUCAAUAUUCUACGUGGUCGAGUUCUAUGCACAAUGUUUUAUGAACCAUCGACACGUACUUCCGCGUCGUUCGAUGCCGCUAUGCAACGUCUAGGUGGUAGAACAAUUCCCAUCACGACGACACAUUCAUCAGUUCAGAAAGGAGAAACGCUUCAAGAUACGCUCCGAACACUUGAAUGCUACGGUGAUGCUAUUGUGCUACGUCAUCCUGUGGAGACGUCGGUGGAUGUCGCAAGGAAAUACAGUAAGGUUCCCAUUAUCAACGGCGGUAAUGGAAGCAAGGAGCAUCCUACACAAGCCUUCCUUGAUCUCUUCACAAUUCGUGAAGAGCUUGGUACAGUUCAGGGUUUGACGAUCACAUUUGUGGGAGACCUUCUUUACGGACGACCCGUGCACUCAUUGGUGUACCUUCUACGGCACUACCAAGUACAGGUCCAAUUGGUCGCACCAAAAUCAUUGGCGCUUCCAGCAGAGGUUCGCAGCCUGCUCAAGGAAUCUGGACAGUUGCUUUGCGAAUCUGAAGAGCUCACUCCGGAAAUUCUUUCGAGGAGUGACGUGUUGUACUGCACAAGAGUGCAGAAAGAGCGUUUCCCGAGCGUGGAGGAUUAUGAGAAAGUCAAGAACUCGUACCGCAUUGACAACGCCACGCUCAAGCAUGCGAAGCAGACGACGAGGGUAUUGCACCCUCUACCUAGGAAUGAGGAGGUCGCGGAGGAGGUUGACUAUGAUCACCGGGCGGCUUACUUUAGACAGAUGAGAUACGGUCUUUACUGCCGAAUGGCCUUACUGGCUUUGGUCAUGUCAGGUUAAAUCAUUUCGGUCGUAUUUUUUCCACCUUCGCAUUCGUAGUCAGUCUCUCCGUAGAUUGAUGAUACAUUAAGUACACUAUGAUUUAUGUGGAGGAGCUUAAAAGUUAGAUUAGUCACUUAUUCUCCUUACCAAAAAAGUACUCGACGUAUAGAUAGGAACACUUGCAUCAGACAUUGAUUAGGCUCACGCCAUUUAUGAGUGAAUGAUUUACGUAUAAGGCUAUGUAUAAGGCAUUUGGUACGGCGUACAUGUACUUUCUUUUUUUGUAUAUUUUUGGAUGUAUGUAUAUACGUAUGUGUAUAUAUGUAUACGUGUAUAUAGUAAGGGGUAUACGUAUAUGCGUUUUUGUAUAUAUUAAAGCUAUUUGAAUUAUUCUAUUUCGCUUCA